GUCGAGUUUCUUUUCGACCAUGUCGUUCGCCCGCGCUGUCCGCUGCAUGAACAAGGCCAAGCCGCUGGCCGCCAAGUCGACGUCUGCUGUCUCGAUCGCCUCGUCGCGCAUCGCGUCCUUGCCUGCGAUGGCCCCGUCGACGGCGUCGAUGGCGGCCUUCUCGACGGCCCGCGCUGCCCGCGCGACGCCGGCCCACGUCAAGGGCGACCUCGCGACGGUCGCGAUCGGUAUCGCCGCCGGCCUCGCCGUCCUUGGCGUUGGCAAGAUCUGGAUCGAUGCGUCGGCGUCCGGUGACGUCAGCAAGGAGAACCUUGUCAACUACUUCCUCGAGCUCGCGCACAACAUUGAGCACCUUGUUGGCCAAUUGCCGCAGCUGGCCGAGCAGGUCAUUCACCACGCGACGUCGACGGGCCAGCAGAUCUCGGAAGAGCAGGUGCACCAGGUCUUGAUCGAGCGCCUCGGCCACGCCGUCCAAAUGGCCGACCAAGAGCUCUCGAAGAAGUACCGCUUCUCGCAGGAGGGCAUUGAGAAGGCAAUGGCCGAAUUCCAGCACGACGCCGACGUCGUUGCCGCGAUCCAGCGCCUCGAACAGGUCAUCCAAAACAGCCCGCUCGCGCAGGUGAACGUGUCGGUCCCGGAAGACUUUACGCCCGAGAAGGCCCUCGACGUCAUGGCCAAGAUCCUCAGCGCGAUCGGUCGCGCGAUCGAAGAGGCCAUUGACGAAGCCAAGGCCAACGGCUUGAAGGACGUCAACGCCGAGAAGGAGAUGUGGCAGGAAGCGUACUUGCGCAAGACGCAGCAGUACACGGAAGAGAUCCACCAGGAAGUGGGCAUUGACGAAGCGGUCAUGAACGCGGCCAUCAACCAGUUUGCGCAGGACCCGGCGUUUGGUCUCAAGCUCCAGGAGCUCCUUCAGGUGCAGCAGGCCAAGUUCCAGGCGCUUGGCAUUUCGCUCCAGGACGUUGUGUAAGCAGCAACAUAGAGAUAUACGCUGCCAUGUGCA